CGCUCGGCUGAACAGAUUUCUGAGAAGUUCCCGACGAUGAUUCCUCGACUGCCAGCCGGCCGACCGACCGCUCGAACGGAAUCGUCUUCGCCUGAAAUCUUUCUAGGUUGUUCGGUGGCUUGAGAGAUGAAGGGCUCAAGUCUUUUCGAGUUCCAGCGGGAAUCUCAGCUCAAAGAUAAUCGAAACCGCAGACAGUCCGUGAUCCGCGGAGAUGCGUUCGUCGAUAUCGAUGCAUUUACAAUAGAUAGUGAUUGUCCCUUUUCGCAGGUGAGUUGCCGAGUAUUUGAUAAUCGCACUCAAACAUCGUCGCCUUCUUCGGGAUUCCGCCAGACAACCGGUCGACAUCAUGAGCGAAACGUUCCACGGGAGAUCCAAGGGAGUCGCAGCGGCAGGUGUUCCCGACCAGUAUGCGGAUGGAAAAGCCGCCAAGUUGUGGGAAGUUUACAUCGGUGAGAAAAAUGAUCGAACCAAACAUUACAAAGACUUCCUGACCGGUAAACUUCGGCAUUUCGGCAUAAAUUUCGUCCUCGACGUCGCGUGUGGUACUGGAAUCGACUCCAUUAUGCUCCUGGAGGAGGGCUUCCGCGUCAUGUCGACGGAUGCGUCCGAUAGAAUGCUGAAGUACGCUCUCAAGGCUCGCUGGAAUCGAAGAAAAGAAAUUGCUUUCGAUUCUUGGGUGAUCGAAGAAGCUAAUUGGCUAACUAUCCCAGACGACAUUGUUAAGCCAGGAGAAGGUUUCGACGCUGUGAUGUGCCUUGGGAAUUCUUUCUCCCACCUACCAGAUGUGCAGAAAAACGGACAAACUCAUGUGAAAGCAAUACAAAACUUCUGGGAAAUGAUCAAACCCGGGGGCUUUCUAGUCAUCGACCACAGGAACUACGAUUACAUUCUCGACCACGGCGAGACCCCUGCAAAAUCCGUUUACUACAACUCGAAACACAUCAAGUCCAUCGACACAGGUGUACUCUUCCUGAACAACAGGCCACACCAAGUCACUCUCGAUUACCACAUGGACGUUUCUCAGCUACGAGAGAAAUUUGAUCUGACCACUGACACCGAGUUUACGAAGAAGGGCCGCUACGACGGCGAGUUAAGCUCCUUCUUCCGAUUGUCCUACUUCCCCCAUCGAUUGAAGGAUUUCAACGCGAUGCUUACCGAGGUCUUCGGGAAAAACGCUAAACACGAGAUCUUUGGAGACUUUCAACCUCUGGGAGAAAACAAGGACCCCGCCUUCUACGUACAUUUCAUUCAAAAAACCCUUUGAUACAUGCUGUAUAUAGAAGUUCACGCAUCAUCCAACCCUGAAUGAAAAGCUCAUGACAA